CUAAAGUGCUUAAUUAAUGCUUGUGGUAAAUCUGCUAACUCAUGAUGAGAUAAAUACAUGAUAUUACUAAGCACUAAUAGGUAUAUAAUGCAUGAAUACGUGGAUCGAAUUUCAUAGUACUGCCUUUGCUCCUUUUACUCUUCCUGACGAAUCUCUCGCAAGUGAACGAAACGAGCAAAGGGACUAUGUCAACCUUGACGAAUUUGCCACCGAUAGUGAGGCUGUCCAGCAAGGUGAUCCGGAUUCUGGGAUGCAACCCUGGACCGAUGACAUUGCAAGGCACCAAUACUUAUCUCGUAGGCACAGGUCAUAGACGUGUACUGGUUGAUUCUGGGGAAACCAAAACAGCUGAUGCCUACAUAAAACUUCUAAAUAAUGUUUUACGCGAGGAAAACGCGACCAUCGAGCACUUGGUGGUUACUCAUUGGCAUCAUGAUCAUAUUGGAGGAGUGGAACCUGUGCGAAGCUUACUAAAGAGCCUCUUUCCCUUGGACAACCAGCCUACUGUGUGGAAAUUGCCGCGAUCGUCAAACGAUCGAGAAAGAUCAAAUGACGAGAAUUCCAUCCAAUGGGAACCUUUGAGGGACAAUCAAGUGGUGGAAGUUGAAGGAGCGAAGCUCCAGGUAAAAUAUACACCAGGACAUACUAGUGAUCAUGCCUGUCUGCUAUUGCAAGAUGAGAAUAUCCUAUUUAGUGGCGAUUGCAUCCUCGGAGAAGGCACAUCAGUCUUCGAGGACCUCCACGAUUAUAUGCUAUCACUGGAUAAGAUCCUAGAGAUGCAGCCUAAAAAGAUUUAUCCAGGACAUGGACCAGUUCUAGAUGAUCCAUUGCCACGUAUACAGUAUUACAUCAAUCACAGGAAACAGAGGGAAGAUGAAAUUCUGCGAAUACUAGAAGGAAAUAAUAAACCAAUGACAAUAGCAGAUAUUGUCAAGCUGAUAUACAAGGAUAUUCCGAAAAAUCUAUUGCCAGCCGCAGUAUUUACCAUAGACCAACACCUUCACAAGUUACAAAAAGAGAGAAAAGUGUUACAGGAACAAGAAGGUGGUUGGUGGAGAAUUAAAGGCAAAAUAUGAAUAUAUUAGAUAUAAAGAAGAUUAAAAUUGAAAAUACAAAAUAAAUUUCGGGAUGGGGAAUUUAUAAAAUAUAGAUCCUGACAUUCAGAUAGCUAUAACAGAAGAGCCUUAAUUAUAUAUAUUUUAUGUACACAAUAUAUAU